GUCCAUUCACAGUAAACUAGAAGAAGACGGCAGUAAAUAUAAGUUGCCCUGUGAUUCCUGCUGCUCUUUUUCUCUCUGUUAUUCAUUUAUGACAUUUCUGAUCACAGGAUAGAAGGAUAAUGGCCAAUAAGAAAAAAGUACUGGUGACAGGUUUUGAGCCCUUCGGUGAGCACGCAGUAAACUCCAGCUGGGUGGCAGUGCAGGAACUGGAGCGAUUAGGACUGGGAGAGGCAGCAGAGCUUCAUGUGUGUGAGCUACCUGUCGAUUAUCUGGCUGUUCAGAGCAUUCUGCCCUCUCUGUGGAAACAGCACCAGCCUCAGCUGGCUGUCCAUGUGGGCGUUUCCGGGUUGGCGACCUCCGUCACUCUAGAGCAGUUUGGACACAACAAGGGCUACGAACGUCUGGACAACCGCAGCUUCUGCCCAGCCUCUCACUGCUGCAUGGAGAACGGAGCCGACAGCAUAAAGUCGGUCAUAGACAUGCACACGGUAUGCAAAAAGGUCAACGAGUCAAACAUCGGAGUAACCGUGUCCGUCUCUGAGGACGCAGGGAGGUAUCUCUGUGAUUACACCUACUACACGUCGCUGCACCAGGGCCACGGUCGCUCCGCCUUUGUCCAUGUGCCGCCAUUAGGAGGACCCUACAGCAAGACUGAGCUGGGCAGAGGUCUUCAGGCUGUUGUCAAGGAAAUGCUGAACUGGCUGGAGGCUGAUUACACUGAAGAGGAGCAAAAAGACAAGAAACUCUGCAGUCAUCAACUAUAACGCCAAACACAACCAUUACAUUUCCAACAUUUAUAGAAAAUAAUAAAGGAUUGGUUAUACAUGAA